AUGAUGAAUAAAAAAUUUGUUUCUGGAAGUGAAUUAAGAAAAUUCAGAGUUGAAUGUGAUAAAAAAGUUGAACUUAUGAAGAAUACUUGUGGAAUAAUGGCUGGAUUUUCCUUGUUUGAUAUACUGCACAGAUCUUAUCACAAACUGGCGCUGAGGAUCAAGGAUGGAGAUAAAGAUAAGUUUGAUGAUAAAAUGGCGGCCAAGUUUCCUCUGUACGCAGGAAUGAUUAAAUAUCGCUUGGAAAAAGCUGGUCAACGAAGAAAAUUGUUCAAUCAAGUUGAAAAUGUUCUCUAUAAAAUUUAUUUUAAAUAUCUUUCUGCUACUUUUAUUCAUGAAAUGUUUUUUUAUUUUAGUAACUUUGAAUUAAGUAAAUUGGUGGAAAUUAAGUAA